AUGAGCAAACCCGACGACGCGACCGCCGCCGCGCCCGGCGACAGCGACGACGGCCACGCGCGCGCCCUCGCGCAGCUCCACGACCUCCAGCGCCAACACGCGGCGCGGCAGUCGCUGCGCAGCGCCAACAGCGCCGCGUCCGUCGCGUCCGUGCGCGCCGAGCGCUCGAGUCUCAAGCUCAAGUCGGACAUUAAACGCUCGUCGGCGUUUGUGAAGAAGCUGCGCGUGUUGACCGAAUGUAACGCCGACGCGCUCUUGCGCGACGCUGCCGAGCUGAACCUCACGCGCUACGUGAGCGAGUGCGUGACGGCGCUCGCGGACGCGCCGUUCAAGCUCGUGGACCUCCCGGCCGUGACCAAAGUCGCGUCGCAGCUGCACCAGCGCUACGAGGACUUUGCGCAGGCGCUCGUGCGCGCGUUGGUGCAGAGUUUCGACGCGCUGUACGCGUCCGAAGACAGGGGCAAAAUGCUGCGCCGGCGGCUGAUAUUGCGGCUGCUCUGUGAGCUCUACUUGGCCGGCGUCUGCGACGACGUGCACGUGAUUGCGCACCUGGUGCAGCGGGUGGCCCGACGCGAGCCGCCAGUGGGUCUUAAACGCGGCAAAAGCAGUGCGCUGCUGGGCGGCAGUCUGUUGUCGGCCACGUCGUCGUCGUCGUUGCCGUCGUCGCAAUUGGAAGUGCCACUGCUCGUGAGCUUUGCCAAGUCGGUUGGCGUCGAGUUUCUCGGUGUGCAGCCCAAGAAAUGGAAAGAGAUGGCAAACGUACUGACGGACCACAAAGAGUCGGUGCAGACAGUGCUGCAGAGCUGGACUGCGAUCGUGCCCGCGAGCGUCCAAGUCGAGUGUCGCAGCUGUCUCUACGACGCGUUCGAGAUGAUUGGCAAGUUUUACGUGGCGCAGCACACGACCGUGUGGAAGUUGGAAGCCAGGAACGAAAAAGAGGAAGCGAAUCGUGGCGAAGUCGCGGAAGAUCACGUGCAAGAGCUGAAGAAGGCCAAGCUGUUGUUUGAAAAGCUGCAGACGAGCGUCAAUGCGCUCGCGGACGCGCUGGAUCGCGAAGUACCGCCGCUGCCAGUGGAAAAGAGGGACGAUGGCUCGGGUCGUGGAGAGAUCCUCGUAUGGGAAGGGGGAGAAGGGGGAGGACGCGAGUCGGGUCGUGGUGGACCGUUUGACGACGAAGCCACACGCUCGUUCUACGAGGAUCUACCUGAUCUGCUGGAGUUAGUCCCUGCUGUUGUGCUUGGACUCACAGAGGCCGAUGUCGCUGAAUUGAGGAGAAAGAAAGAGACGUUGGUGCACGACGAAGCAGAGACAGAGAACGGACUCGACGAAGUUGAGUCUCGCGUCGACGACGACGACAAAGAAGUUGGAGGAGCAGGCGAUGCACUGGAAAGUGCAGAGACGGACGCCACUAAAGAUGUUGUAGUGACCGAUAUAGACGGGGACGAGAGCAAAUCGAAGGACGGGAUCGAUAGCACAAGCGUUCCUGUGGCGUCGUCAAGUGGAGCAACAAGCAGCUACCAUCAUCAAUUGGAUGCGUUUUUCGCUUCCCUUGAAGAUUUGGUGAACCGGGAUCGCUGUGAUAAGGCAGCGGUUGAUUUUUGUUACCGUAACUCAAAGGCAAAUCGAAACCGACUCGUGAAGACUCUGUAUGCUGUGCCGCGAACGCAUCUCGAGUUGCUGGCCCACUACGCACGUCUAGUGGCUACGCUGCAGAGCGUGCUAAAGGAGGACAUUGGCGGCGAGCUUGUAAAUAUGCUUGUGGGCGAGUUCCAUGGUCUGAUUAAACGACGCAACCAAUUUCGCCUGGAAUCGAAGAUCAAGAACAUCCGUUUCUUAGCAGAACUGGUGAAGUUUCGGAUCUGUCCACCGAAUACAGGGUUUCGGUGUUUGCAAAAGUGCUUCCAGGACUUUCAGGGGCAUAACGUCUAUGUCGCUACAACGUUCCUGGAGAAUUGUGGCCGCUUUUUAUACUGCUCCAAGCACACGCACGUACGCACGGUAGCUUGCUUAAAUGUAAUGAUGAAGCUGAAGGCAGCCAAGCAUUUGGAUCCACAACUGGAAACUCUUGUGGAAAAUGCGUACUAUAUGUGUAAGCCUCCCGAGCGUGUGGAGCGUCAAGUGAAGCAAUACGACCCGAUGUAUUUGUACUUGAUCAAGGUGUUGUACCACGAUUUGGAUGGCUCAAAUAUCAACAAAGUUGGGAAAACGCUUCGCCGGCUUCCAUGGCAAGAUGGCACUGCUAUCGGAAUGGUAUUGAAGGCUAUGCUAAAGGUGACAAAGGGCAAGGUGAUGCAAAUGAAAUGGAUAUGCGAAUUGGUGAAGGCCAUCUCACGGUAUCAUGAUGAUAUACUGGUGCUUCUGGUGGACAGUGUGCUGGAAUAUAUUCGGUUCGGACUGGAAGUGAACGACUACCGCGAUCACCAGCGGAGCCUUGGAUACAUUAAGCUACUGGGAGAGAUGUACAACUGCGGGCUUGUGAGCAUGAACGUAUUGGACGAGACACUGUAUCUUCUGAUCAAUCAUUCGCACGACUUGCUGACAUUGCCGCAAUAUAGCAGCGACAAGAUUUCUGCUGCCCAUUUGAUGGAGAUGAAGAAGCGUUUCCUCUUGGUUCCUGACAUGCGGUACGAUCCUCGCGUACCGAGUGAAGUCGACGGUCCGAGCGAAGUGUUCCGUAUUCGUUUGGUCAGUGCCUUGAUCGAGACAUGCAGCGGCGGUGGACUUGCAAGCAUAGCGAGUUCAAACGAAAGAGGAAUCUCUCGACCCCGACUCGGUCGGUUCAUGGUCUUCUUUCAACGAUAUCUCUUAUCCAAGACGGACGUACCGAUUGAAACCGACUUUGUUGUGUCUGACCUAUUUGAUCUGCUCGCCACCACAUUGAAAGACUAUUUUGUGAAGUAUGAUACGUGGGAGGCGGCUGAUCAGGCCGUCCAGACGAUUCUUCGUGGCGACCUGGAAGAAGCAGAGCACCGGCUGUCGAAAAAGAAUGCGGCGUUGCUGAUGGCUACCAACGGCCUCGAGAGCGUGGCAGAAGAGAGAGGAUGUAUGUCACAGCCAGCUGACGAGGAUGAGGAGUUUUGUGAAGAUGAGGAGGACGAUUCAGAUGACGGCGAGGAUGACGAUGAUGAUGACGACGAACAUGAUGACGACGAACAGGCUGAAGGAAAUGGCGGUGAUGAGGAUGAUGAAGAUGAAGACGACGACGACGAUGAUGACGACGACGACGACGAGGAUGACGAGGAAGAAGACGAUGAGGAAGAGGAGCGCCUUAUUAUCCACGACCGCAUUCAGAAGAACGAAGAGGACGAAGAGUUUGAAAAGGCGUUCAGGUCAAUGAUACACGGAACUUCUGACACGCGCAAGCCUGCGGCGAGAGUGAAUGUUGACAAGAUGGCUAUUCCCACUGUCGUGAAAACGUCAGCUGCGCCUACAGCCGCAGGCUCUCGAGGAGUAUUGUCUUUCGAUGCGAACGGGUCCACCGAUGGCGUGGUGUUCCGCAUGCUUCGUCGUGGCAAUAAAGGCAAAGUGGAGGCGCGCGCUUUGGUCGUGCCGGAGACAUCGUCUCUAGCUCAGCACAGUCACCGCCAGGAAAACGCUGGCAAAAAGGAGCAGUCUGAGCUGAAGCGACUUGUGCUGCAAAACAUGGAGCGCGAUGAUUUCAUGAGUGACGGGCCUCCCAUCGAGGGCGUUCCUAGUCUCGGCCCUCCUGUCCACAGCAACGUGAACCAGGGCAAUCACGGGGCAGGGCAGCAAGCUGACGAUGCUCGGUUGGGGUUUGGCGGCGGCAGCGAGUGGAACAAUGCGGAAUUUGGUCUACGACGGGGCAAAGGGUACCGUGGCGUCAAGUAA